AAAGCAAAAACCUUCCUUUAAAAGCCGUUCUCCUGUUAGACAAUGCCCCUUCGCAUCCACCGGCAGAAGAAUUAAAAACGUCUGAUGGACACAUUUUUGUUGUCUACAUGCCCCCAAAUGUUACACCAUUAAUUCAACCAUUAGACCAAAAUGUUUUGCGAAUAACCAAACUAUUUUACAGAAAAGGCCUAUUAAGUUCAAUUCUAUCAAAGCGUCAAGGAGUAGCUGAGGUGCUAAAAGUUAUAACUUUAAGAGCUGCUAUUAUGCAAUUGCAUAUGGCCUGGCAAAAAAUAGAGCCUUCAGUAAUUUUAAAAUGUUGGAAUAUUAUUUUGGGAAAAAAUUUGGAGGAGGAUGACCUACCUUUAGCUCGACUAAAAGAGAUGUGGGAAAAUGAUGUUAGAGCAGCUGCAGUUAAUGAAACCAUUACAUUGCUUCAAACAAUUGAACAGAUUGAUUAUAAUCCCAAAGACAUUGAGGAAUGGAAUACAGACGCAGUGGAGGAAAAUCUCGAUAGCAAUGAUUCAGAAGAUAGUGACUGCGAGAUAUUAACUUUUGAAGAAAAAAAGUUACGCAUUUGGAGGCUCUUUCAGCCUUGAAAAUUGUCACACAAUGGGCGAAUCAAAACUAUGUCGACAUAAAGGACAUUAUAACACUAAAAGGUUUAGAAGAAAAGGCUGUAGCCUUAAACCUGUCGCAAAAAAAAGUGCAAACAAAAAUUACAUCUUUUUUUAAAUAAAACUUUUGUAUAAUGCUUAAAACUGUAAUAAAUAAAUUUAUAAAUAAAUACAAACAUAAAUAAAGUACAA